AAUAUUGUGUCUCGCUUACCAGGUGUCUUGUUAGAUAUUUAUAUGGCCGUUAAAAAUCUGGGUAAAAUAUUUUAGCAUUGGCAAUCUGUAAGUACUUGUGUGAAUAAUGAAGAAAUAUUCGGUGAUUUUCGUUUUGUUAUUUUUCAAUCUUGCUGUUAAGUCGUAUUUUGUUUCAUUGCUAAAUAAUGGCAAUAAUCAAAUGAAUUUACAAUGGGAUCUAAACUACACCACCUCCAGUAUCAACAUGACUAUUGAAGUGAGAAACAUUAUGUUGGGGGGUUCAUAUUCGUUUGGGUUUGGUUUCUCUGAUGACGAGAAUAUGGGAGAUGGUGACCUCAUUGUUGUUCGUGUAACAAGAACCAGCGUGGCGAUUAAAGAUUGUUGGCUUUAUACUAAUGGUAAGGUCGUUGAAGAUUCGAAACAUAGCUACAAGUUACUUGGAUACCAAUAUAGUAAUGGCGUUUGGAACAUCAAGGUUGAAAGAAAGUUUCAAACAUGCGAUGGAGAAGAUUAUCAACUCGAUAACGGGACAACCAAUGUGUUCGUGGUGUUUCCUAUACCAAAUAAUUGUAUUUUAUCUAUCAACGGCAACGGAUGCAAUUUAUCCGAAGCCACAAAAACAUUGACGCGUGUUCAAUUACUGAAGGCGGAUUAUAGAGACAUACCACUGGAACCCAAUCACAAAUCUUUCAGUAUAAUCGCCCCCAACAUAACAAUACCAACAUCUCAAACGUCGUAUGUUUGUUCGAUACAAAAGUUACCUAAGUUUCGAACCAAAGUCCAUGCCAUCGGGUUUGAAAGCGUGAUCGCCAACCCGGGAUUGGUUCAUCAUAUUGAGGUUUUUAUUCAUGUGGUGGCCGCAUGGGCGUUUGGGGCAGACCCUUUCUAUUAUCCCAGAGAAGCAGGAAUGGCGUUCGGGGUGAAGACGGCAAGUUCAUAUGUUAGAUUGGAGGUUCAUUACAACAACCCAAUGCAUAUUAGAGGACUUGUCGAUGGUUCGGGGAUUCGGUUUCACUUCACAGAGAACCUUCGACCGCAUGAUCUUGGAAUAAUGGAAGUUGGUGUUAUAUAUUCUGCCAACAUGGCGAUUCCACCAGGACAGAAGUCUUUUAAAUGGAGUGGUGAAUGCCCAGGCAGUUGCACACAAGCAGUAAUUACAUAUGAGUUACGUUUAUUUAUUCAUAUUUUCCAGGGUGAUUCCCUAAUAACUACGUGCACAUUUAACACCGAAAAUAGAAGCAAUAUAACAUUGGGUGGGCUGGGUUUACACGAAGAGAUGUGCGUCGAUUAUAUUUAUUAUUACCCUGCUACCAAUCUUGAAGUUUGUAAAAGUUCCAUCUCAAGUCAAGCGUUGGAAAUGUAUUUCAAAUUAAUUAAACUGUCGUUGGGGAUUCCCCGCCCCCGUAAUUCCCGCCCUCUUCACCAUGAAUAUGACGUCAUAAAGUGGGGAAACUCGGCUGUUCGUUCUCUUCGUCAGCUCUAUCGUUUCGCUCCAAUGCAGGUCAAUUGUCUGAGGAGUAAUGGUGAGAGCUACCCCGGUCGUUGGGACAACAUUACACCAGCAACACAUUUCCCCAGAGCAAUGGAACCGCAAUGUUAUGCUAAUAAUAAACCAUGAGGGCGCAUAGGUGACGCUGCAGA